CUCUCUUGCCUCUGUGUGGUUUCGUCUCCAUAGAGAUCGGCGAGAAUAGCGUCCCACUGUGGAGGCAGAGCAACCUGCUACUACAUCUUCAACAGAGACCCCAUCUUCGACCCAAGAACGCGAAAGUUCUUUCUAAACGUUUCGGCGUUUCGCUUCUUCAAACACGGUCUCCUCAACACUAAAUGGCGAUCCACCGCCGCUACCCGCCUUCACGUUUUGAGCUGAUAGUUUAUGAUCUCUGUGUUGCGUCAUGGAUGAUCGAGAGAAAUCAAGAUCCAUAAUAUUGAAAUCAGAAAAACACAAGAGGGUGCCUAUAUUUGUAAUGAUGCCUGUUGAUGCAUUUGCCAUUGAUGCCACUGGAAGUCCAAGGAUUAGAAAAAUCAAGGCCUUAACUGUAUCUUUAAAAGCACUCAAGUUGGCAGGUGUUCAUGGAAUUUGAGUUGAGGUCUGGUGGGGAAUUGUGGAAUGCCUUUCUCCUCUUGAAUAUGAUUGGUCUCUAUAUGAAGAGCUCUUUAAACUUACAUCUGAUUCAGGGCUGAAGUUGCAUGUUGCACUGUCCUUCCACUCAAACACUAACUCAUCAGGUGAAAAAGGGAGCAUAAGUCUUCCACUGUGGAUUUUAGAGGUUCGUUCUCUUACUCUGCUGACCAACAAGCUAAUGGAUGGAUGCAACCUAGUCACAGGUUAGUUGGUUGUCCUACUGAAUUCUUCAACUUUGUUAUACUUUGGUCAAAAUGAAGAGACUGGCAGAAAAAUUUCCCGAGUUCCAAAGAAAACACACAAGAUUAUCCAGCCAAAACUAUCAAUAUGCUAGUGUAAUGUACUUGACUAAUCUUGAUUUUGUCUCUGGUGUCCAAGCUGUCCUAUUGACAAGGUUGCUCGGUAAGAAACUAUCUAGGUCUUGAGUGCAUUCUAAUUAUUAGUAUAGCCAGAAAGUAGGAUCCCUGAUAAUUUUUUUAUUGAAAUUCUUUUCUCAGAUUGGUAACCUGAAUACGGAUAUAUAUUAUCAAGAUCGACAUGGUUUCUCCAAUGAUGAUUACCUUACUCUAGGGGUAGACCAACUUCCCCUGCUCUCUGGCUGGAAGACCCUCCAAUGUUAUGAAGACUUCAUGUAUAAUUUUGUUAACAUAUUUGAACCCUUUAUUGGAACUGUUAUUGAAGAAAUAACUGUCGUUCUUGGCCCUUCUGGAGAGCUUAGGUAUUAAUAUAGCUUUUUCACUCUU